GUUUAAUCUACAUUAAAAAUCAUUGUGUCGAGUAGUUGUGAUCAGAACAUAAUUCUUUAAAUAAUUUAUCCAUAUGAUGUAUUCAUGAUUCGGACAAUUCGAUUCAAAUGUUAACUACAUCUAUGGCCCUUUUUAUUAUUGAAUUUUCACCAACUUUCCAUUAGCUGAGUUGCUUAUCUAAUGAAUUAAUUAAGCCCUACUCUUAUUGAUAGCGGAUUGUUGGUAACUACUUUCUAGCAUUUCUUAACUUUGUUUUAUAAGUAUGUAUAUCCAUCUUUAUUUAUGAGUAGUGGUGUUUAGUUGUGAUGUUUUGUAACACACUGUUUAUAUGGUAUAUAGGGCUUAAAAGGCAGAGGGCAUAAAGAAGUGUGCAAAGAUGUUUACUUGCAUAAACUGUACAAAAAUGGUAGACAGAGAUGAAGAAGAUGAAGAUGUAGCCCGUGGGAGCACUACUCCCAACACUAAAGAAGCUGUUAAAAGCCUAACUACACAGAUCAAAGAUAUGGCGUCAAAAUUUUCUGGUGCUUCUAAACAAUCCAAGCCACCCUCCGGCUCCUCAAGCAGCAGCUUGGGGAAAGAGCAGAGAAAGUAUCCGGAUCUCGACACUGCAUCUGAUAGUGUUCCAUACCCUUAUAUGGGUGGUGGAAGCACUAGUUCCACUCCUGCUUGGGACGUCCUAAGCUCCCCUCACCAUCAAGUUGAACGAGCAGAUUCAAGAUUCACAUCAGUGUAUGGCGGUGAACGCGAAUCAGUCUCUGCUCAGUCGUGUGAUGUGGUACUAGAGGAUGACGAGCCAAAAGAGUGGGUGGCUCAAGUAGAGCCUGGUGUUCACAUUACAUUCGUCUCACUUCCUAGUGGAGGAAAUGAUCUUAAACGGAUACGUUUCAGCCGGGAGGUGUUUGACAAGUGGCAAGCUCAGAGGUGGUGGGGUGAGAACUAUGACAGAAUAGUUGAGCUUUACAAUGUUCAGAGAUUUAACCGGCAAGCUCUUCAAACCCCUGGUAGAUCUGAAGACCAGUCGCAGAGAGAUUCAACUUACACAAGAAUAGAAUCAGCAAGAGAAAGCAGAGACUGGACUCCAAGGAACAACUACAGGCCUCCAGGUGGUAGCAGCAUCCCACAUCAGUUUUACGGAGCUUCAAUGGACGCAGCACGAGACGAACCGCCUUCCCUCAGUAACGCUAGUGAGAUGCAAGCAGAGUGGGUUGAAGAGGACGAGCCUGGGGUUUAUAUUACCAUCAGACAGUUACCAGACGGAACCAGAGAGUUACGCCGUGUCAGAUUCAGUCGGGAACGGUUUGGGGAAGUGCAUGCUAAGACAUGGUGGGAGCAGAACAGAGACAGGAUACAAACACAAUAUCUCUAACUAAGUGAAGGAAAAAGAGAGACCACUUUUAAUCUUCUUUAACACAG